ACCAUAUCUGUAAGGCUGUGUCGAUACGAUAGUGCUGACAUCCUGGAGCUACCGAAGAUAAGAAGAGAUCGCACGUUACAUGCUGCCAGGGUAGAACUAAGAGGUGGCGUGAGAAGACCCAAGUUCGACAACCAAAACCUUGAUCGAGCACCCAUGAGCUGGUGCUUUCCUGAAUGAGAAAAUCACGACGACUACAUUCUCGCCAGAUUGGCAGGAACAAGUCACUUGAGCCAAAGGCCGCUGGAUAUCUCAAUCACACCUGCGAUCUCUCGGAGAUAACGCUGAAGCAAUCUUCGGCGAGCGACCCUUCCCAAUAUGAGUCCAGUCUGAACGCCUCCCCCCAAUGAACUCCAUGGCCCGUCCAUUCUCCUCACUAUGGCCACACCAGCCUCCUCCAGAGCGCCGUCUACCUUCGACCCAAGUCCUCAACACCUACGAACUCCUCGAACAAAUCCUCUCCCACCUCCCCAUGAUCGACCUCUUCGCCCACCUCCGCCUCUCCAAAUCCUGGCGCUCCAUCAUCCUCCGCUCCACCCGCCUGCAAGAAAACAUGUUCCUCACUUACCCCUCUCAACCCAUCUGUCCCGAACCCUUCACCUACAACGUUCAAGUCUACUGCUGCUGGAACAAAGGCCAAACAUGCUACCGCCUCCCCAGUCUCACCUUCAAUCCCGCCACCUCCAUGAUCGCACCCUACAAUAUCAGCGACACGACUUCCCCCAUGGCGCUGCGUCAACCGCUGGCGAAGUUUCGCGUGCAUCAACAUCUCUUCGCUCGCUUCACGAUUGAGGAUAUCCCCGACUUGGAACCUGAGGAUCGACCUUCGUGGCGAAGGAUGUUUAUCACGCACCCGCCGCUGAGAGCUGUGGACUUUGAAUUCUUUGCGAAAGAUGAUGAUUUUCGGAGGUUGGUAGUGUUGUGGAAUCCGGUGGGGAUUACGUUUGGGGAUCUGAUUGAUGGGAGGUGGAGGAUGGCGAGGGAUUAUGAGGCGACGACAGGGAAGACGGCGGUGGGCGAGAUUGAGUGCUCGUUUCAUUUGUUGCAUCCGCAGCAUGAUCCCAUGGAGGAGAUUUGGACGUCUGCACCAUUGCUUUGCCUUGUACACUGCUUCUCCUUCUCAGCAUCGAGACAUGUUCUAAGCGCGAGCGCCAAGGAUAGCGAUCGAAUUGAGCAGCCGAAGGUCUGGGAAUAG